CUUGUUUUUGUGAGUGUGAGUGCAACAAGUAUAAUCUGCAAGUUGACGGACAAAACGUCAUAGUAUACGUCGGAGCUCGAAUGAUCCUCAAAGCAAUUUAUGACUUUUUCUGAAUACAACGUACCUGCUACUUCAUAAUCUUAAUCUAGUACUUGCAAAGUGAAAGAGUGUAAUUCUAAUUCAUUUUUUGAGAAAGAAAAUGUCUGGAAUUGUUCGGUCAUCUUCAUCGUCCGCAAGAAGAAUGCGUCGUCUUAGCCUUAAGAUGAAUCUUGCAGAUUGCUGCAUUGCUGCUUCAGUGCUUUCGCUUUGCGUUUUCGUGUUGGAAGCCUCUGGUAUGCCUAAGCAGGGGGAGAGGCAAAGCAGCACCUUUUCACCUGCUUGUGAAAGAACGGAGCAUGAUAUUAUCUCUACUCAAGUAGAAAUAAACGCGACUAGUUCUCGAAGACCUUCUGUGCCUAGAAGUACCAUGGUCACCACAUCGACACCACCACGGCGACUUUCGGUUUUACUACCUAGAGGAGCACGGACAGCAUUUGCUUCGUCUCCGGACCUGCAGCAACUAGAACAUGUUGUACCACAGCAGGGUGGACUGAAUGAUAAAACAGAAGAACACGAACUACAAUUCUUACAACGCCCUCCAACACCUCCCGACGCCCCAGGGAACCCCACGCCCAGCACGAAUACUAGUACCCCAUUUUUGCAUCAGCUUCGAAGAAUACAAUCCUGGAAUUGGGAGGAAAGACAUGGCGCGAAAACGCUCGCUGGAGGAGGCUCGGGAGCUCCUGUUUUGCUUCUCCCGGAUUCUAAUUGGCUUUUGCCUUCUGCAACUACACCUGUCUCCGUCAAGAAAACUCCAACUUCAAAUUCUUCAAAUUCUUCACCUGCAGCAAAACGAGUCGAGGAGGAGGAGGCAAGAACAUUGGAGACAAAAAGUGCAGCACAG